CCCUCCCGGCAGGCAGGCUGCCCUUCUCGCGGCCGCCGCUCGCUCGCGUGCCCGGCGGGGGAGGAGAGAUGAAGUUUCUUCCAGUCCUGAAAAGCUGGGAAGAAUGGAUGGUUCCUGGAAUCCACCGUUGGGCCUCCCACGCCUCUGUGCCCCAGGCUGCCCCCUCCCUGGCAUUCGUCCCAGCCAGCCCUCCUCCAGACGCUGGGGCAAUAGAGAAACUCCAGAUGUUCGUUCUCCACUGCCAGCGGCUCUUUGUCUUGACCGGAGCAGGAAUCUCCACCGAAUCCGGCAUCCCGGACUACCGCUCUGAAGGCGUGGGCCUCUAUGCCCGGUCUGACAGGCGGCCCGUCCAGCACGCCGAGUUUCUCCGCAGUGCCGCAGCCCGGCAGAAGUACUGGGCCAGGAACUUUGUGGGGUGGCCCCAGUUUUCCUCCCACCAACCCAACGUGGCACACUGGGCUCUGAGCAGCUGGGAACAGCAGGGGAAGCUGCACUGGCUGGUGACCCAGAAUGUGGAUGCCCUCCAUGCCAAGGCUGGGAGUCGGCGCAUGACUGAGCUGCAUGGCUGCACACACAGGGUCGUGUGCCUCAGUUGUGAGGCCCAGAUCUCCCGUGAGCAUCUCCAGGAACAUUUUGAGGCCUUGAACCCCACGUGGACAGCUGAGUCCCAUGGCGUGGCCCCUGAUGGAGAUGUCUUUCUGCCGGAAGAGCAGGUGCGCCAUUUCCAUGUCCCAUCGUGCAGCAAAUGUGGCGGGGUCCUCAAGCCAGAUGUGAUUUUCUUUGGGGACAAUGUGUGCAAGGAGAAAGUGGACUUUGUGUACCAGCGUCUCGAGGAGUCCGAUGCGGUCCUCGUGGCCGGGUCUUCCUUGCAGGUCUUCUCAGCUUACAAAUUUGCGCUUGCUGCCCGGGACAGGAAGUUGCCAAUUGCCAUUGUUAACAUUGGCCCCACGCGGGCCGAUUCCUUGGCUUCUCUAAAGCUGAAUUCCCGCUGUGGGGCACUGCUGCCUUCGAUUCUCCUUUGAGUGACCUGGUGGGCAUCCAGACCAGUAAAGAUUCAAGAGUAAUUGUGGGAAUGCUGUGGAAGUGGGCUGGUUUGAGGUCCAGGGGGCUGAGUCAAAUACCACAAAGAUAGCCACGGCCUAGAAAGAGCUUUGUAGAACAUAGAUUUAUAGGAUCGGAAGGGAUCUUAGAGCAGGGGUCCCCAACUUUGGCAACUUUAAGCCUGGUGGACUUCAACUGAUGUGUUGUCUGUUCAAGAAGCUGUUUCAUUGGCCAAAAUGCCAAGAGGUAUCAUCUUCCAGAAGAGAUUCUCCAUGGAAACCCUCCCGCUGUCCUCUUCCCUCAAAACUCUUUUUCCAUCCUUCUCUUGGGUUCCAGCUGUUAUCUUGACUCACCAUCUUAGUAUUGUGGUUUAAAGCCAAUGGAGAUAAAAGAAUCUCACUCUUAAGAGAGCUUUGAUCUCUCCCAACCAACCAGCAGCUUGUGAAAUCAAGCAGUAAUCCAAGCAGGACUCAGCCAAAUGGAACAGGAAAAAUCUAGAUCUUGUCUUCUCUCACCUUGGCCAUUAAGCCAGCAGGCCGCGUAGACUCUCAGCUCAUCAUUCAAUGACAAAGCAUUUUGCCUUUUUAGUACUGGAAAUAUUAUAUACUCAAGUGGGCCUGUGAGCUCCCUCAAACCCACCCCUCCUGCAGCCUUCAGAUGUCCACAACAUUGAACUGUGCCUCUCCUGUGCACCAGCUCCACUGCUGUUUUUUAAGAAGGGGAGGGGGACGAAUAAAGGCCCCUGUUUCAGAGAAAUCUUGUCUUCCUUCCUGAGGAGCAUAGAAAAGUCACGGCUACCUGUGAACACGCCGUGCUAAGCUCUAUUGUUACAGUGAUUUUAAAAGCAAUUAAACACACAGAGUGACUUUC